AUGGGGUCGAAAUGGAUGGCAACGGCCAUGCUAACAUGGCUUCUUGCUGCAGAUUCAGUGCACGGUCUGCCGAAGCGUGAAGGCACUGCCGCAGAGAUCUUGGAGCAGUCUGCGACACAGCCGAGAACUGCAUUUAAGACUCAGUAUCCACCCAGUAACGAGAGACUAGCGAUCCCUCCCGAGCAGCCGAUUUACCGUACUGCGUUGGAAAACCAGGGUCAUUCAUCACAGCCUCCUUUCCCGGAGCUUGACUCCCCAUCGGCCGAGGUCCCCGAUUUUGACAUCGACAGCUACCUCGACGGGAUCGACGACUUCUGGGAUUCUGAUUCAACUCCUGAUCAGCAGUCUGAAACUCCUCCACCUGCACCUUCGGUACCAGCUCCACCAGCUACUCCAACACCAGAAGCUACAGUACCGGCGACGCCAAGCACCAACAGCAAACCGGAGGUCUCUACAGAGCCUGUCACUGCUCCUGUAGAGCCAGUCACCCCUGUCGAACCUGCCACUACUCCAGUCAAACCUGCCAUCACUUCUGUUGAACCCGCCACCACUGCUGUUGAACCUGCCACCACUGCUGUUGAACCUGCCACCACAGCUCGGGCUAACCAUUGGCCAGAUCAACCUGGCACGGAUCUCCCUUCAGCCAUCGCAAGUCAUCCGCACAGCAUGAACGGCCAAGACAUCUUUAAGCCGGUUGCUACUGGCGCUCCACCGGCGAACAUCAAGGUCCGCUACGACCACCCAGUUCAGAACAAACAUGCCAAUUCUACGGGUCCAAUCGAAACCAACAAGUUCUACGCAGGACUGUUCCUUGGGACGCAAAGUAAUGCUAGCUUCCCCCAGCCUUAUUCUAUCGCCUGGUCUCGCGGCGGUGGCACUCUCAAGAGCUGGGGCAUGUCUGUUUCCCACCUCCAGGAACACAUGUUGGCCUUUGGCCCCGAAAACCCUAAGAUCCCCGGCGAACCCGUCGAGUACUAUAUCAACCCCGUUGGACUGCAGCAUAUGAUCCUGUCAGCAACCGAGCUGGAUGAAUCGAGCACCAUGGUCGUGGAUGAGCCCAAGGCAUUUUCUGCCCAUGCAGUACUGAAACGAUCUGGUGGAUCGGCCCAGGAAAUCAGGUUUCCUGUUGUCCAGGGUAUGGGGUACGUGACUGGUGUUUACAAUGACCUCCAGCCCCUUAUCGAGAGCGGUGUCUUCUUCCGCAAGGUCGUUAAUGCUGGGUCCCCCAAGCCGGGUAUCUUCAAGUAUGUCGCUACUCUCGAGGACGACACCCAGUGGAUCGUGUAUGCCGCACCCACCAAUGGCAAGGAUCCAAACAUGAAGCUCGUCUCGACGACCAGUCUGCGUGGUCCCCAUGGAUUCACCGGUUCUAUCCAGGUUGCCAAGAACCCUGCUGGCAAGUCCGGAGAGAAGUUCUACGACAACUCCGCUGGUGUUUAUGCGAUUGACGCCCACGUAACUGGCACCGUCACUGGUGACGUCGGCACUUACAGCAUGUCCUGGACCAAGGCUGGGUCUCACGCCAAUGGCUCUCCUCUCAUCAUGUUUGCCCUGCCUCACCAUAUCGAGUCGUUCGACCCUAGCACCGGUAGCCGCAAGACUGAUAUCCACCUUCGAAGUACCGUCAAGGGUAAUGCAACUGCCGUGAUUGGAGAGACUUGGACCAUGACUGAGUCUAACCUUCCCAUCGAUAUGGGCUUUGCACCGUGGAGUACUACCAAUGGCACCGUUCACGAACUCUCUCCAGCUGUCCAGCACGCCCUUCUUAAGGUAGCGCCCACUGAACUCAAUCAGGACAUUGAAGGCCAGACCAACCUGAACAGCAUGUACUACAGUGGAAAGGCGCUGAGCAAAUUUGCUACCCUGAUUUACACUGUAAACCAGCUCGGUCACAAUGUCGGUAUGGGCGUCAAGGCCUUCCGGGAUCUCAAAAAAUCCUUUGCUCGCUUUGUGAAGAACCAGCAGCAAUACCCGCUGGCUUACGAUGCCGUUUGGAAGGGCGCUGUCUCCACUGCCGGUUACGAUGGCGACCUGAACCAGGAUUUUGGAAACACCGCCUACAACGAUCACCACUUCCACUACGGCUACUUUAUCCACGCAGCUGCCAUCAUCGGAGCCCUCGACCCAAACUGGCUGGCUGAGAACAAGGACUAUGUGAACAUGCUGGUCCGUGAUGCCGGCAACUCCAUCGACUAUGAUGCCUACUUCCCCUUCUCUCGUGGCUUUGACUGGUACAAUGGCCACUCCUGGGCUAAGGGUCUCUUUGAAUCAUUCGAUGGCAAGGACCAAGAGUCCACCUCUGAGGACACUAUGUUCGCCUACGCUAUCAAAAUGUGGGGUCAGACCACCGGGGAUGCCAGCAUGGAAGCUCGAGGAAACAUGAUGCUGGGAAUCCUGCGUCGCUCCCUUAAUAACUACUUCCUCAUGCAAGACAACAACGAAAACCAACCGGAGAACUUCGUUCCCAACCGGGUUACUGGCAUUCUCUUCGAGAACAAGGUCGAUCACACUACUUACUUCGGCAACAAUCUUGAAUACAUAGAAGGAAUCCACAUGCUACCUCUUCUCCCUCAUUCUCCCUACGCCCGCCAGAAAGAGUUCGUGCGCCAGGAGUGGCAGGACAUGUUCGCUGCGAACGCUUCAACCCCCGCCAGCGAAGUCGAAGGCGGCUGGAAGGGUGUCUUAUACGCCAACCUUGCACUUAUCGAUCCACAGGCCUCCUGGCAAUUCUUCGCCCAGGAUGACUUCGACUACACCUUUAUCGACGGCGGUGCCACGAGAACCUGGUACAUGGCGUUCGCGGCUGGCCUUGGUGGUGGUCCACUUGGCGGUGGUUCUUGA